AUGGACCAUGACAAUUACGUCCGAUUCAGGUGGGUCAAUCCCAAAAUGGGUCAAAGAAACUGGACCCUAGGGGGAGAACCACGUGCUGUAGUCGCAGAUGAGGACCUUUUCAUAGGGUGGACGAUGCCGACGGGUAGCACAGACCAGGGAACCCACCUCUGUGGAUUUAUAGAUCUACCACUUGAUUAUCUUAACACUUCAGACUCUCGCAUUCCGCGCCUUGCGGUAACCAAGUUCCAGGUCGCUGGUUUGGCUCAUACCAACGAGUCCAAUGUCUCAUUCCAAACCUACAAAAGUGAUCGUACAAUAAUCUUACAGCCAGGCAGUCUGGGAGGGAGCGGAACGUCAUUCCUCUGGGAAACUGCAGAGGAGAGGACGAACCGCUUCAGCAAUGGUCUAUUCGAUGUACUGGGGUGGGAUCCACGAGGCGUUAACCUCUCUCUGCCUUCAACAACAUGUUUUCCUCGGAACAAAAUUCGAUACAGAUGGUCACUCAUUUCACUAUUCUACCGCGAAGAAGCUCCAAAGGGCCAGCUGGAGAUCGUGGAUGCCAUGAACAAUGCCACCUUCUUUGCCUGCCGGCAACGGCACACUAGGUGA